UAAACUGGUUAUAUUGAAGAGCUAAAUUUACCAAGCUGAAGUUGCAGUGCUACAUUUGUAUAAUCAGCUCACUAACACCUCAGCUCACUUACUACAGUAAGACUCCAAUACAGAAAAGUUCAAAUGGCAUUGGUAUCUGAAUUCUUGGGUCAUCUCACACUUGGCUUUGGAGGGGGAAGAGAACCUCGGUUCCCAACAGUGGUACCAGCUGUAAAUUUUGAUCCAGAGAAGGAUGCAAGCUGGAUUGACACAGCCACCAAAACCAAAGGUGUGGAUGAGGCCAUAAUCAUUGAUAUCCUAACAAAACGCACCUACAGUCAGAGGAGAGAGAUUGCAUUUGAGUAUGAGAAGAAAGCAAAAAAGGACCUGAUUACUGCCCUGAAGGGUGUGCUGUCAGGCUCUCUAGAAAAUGUUGUUCUUGGCCUAUUGAGGAACACAGCACAGUAUGAUGCCUUUGAGCUCAGAGCUUCAAUGAAGGGUCUAGGCACUGAUGAGGAGAGCUUGAUUGAGAUGGUCUGUUCUCGUAGCAAUGAGGAGCUGGUGGAGAUUAAAAAAGUUUACAAAGAAUUGUUCAAGAAGGACUUGGAGAAAGAUGUGGCUGGAGAUACGUCUGGUGAUUUUUGUAGGUUGCUGCUGUCUCUGGUUGAGGCUAAAAGAGAAGACCCCAGCAAUGUAGUGGACUAUGAACGGAUUGACAAUGAUGCCAGAGCCCUCUAUGAGGCAGGGGUAAAGAGGAAGGGAACAGAUGUGGCCACUUGGAUAGCAAUUUUCUCUGAAAGGAGUGUGCCACACCUCCAGAAAGUGUUUGAAAGGUAUAAUAGCUACAGCCCAUAUGACAUAAAGGAGAGCAUUCGAAAGGAGGUUAAAGGAGAUCUGGAAAAAUCCUUCCUUACAUUGGUGGAAUGCUUUGAAAACAAACAGCUUUACUUUGCCAACAAGCUCAAUGACACUAUGAAGAGUAAAAGCGUCAAGGAGAAGGUUCUGACUCGGAUCAUGGUUUCACGUUGUGAAGUGGACCUCAUGAAAAUUCGCAUGGAGUUCAAGGCGCAGUUUGGAAAAUCGCUCUACCAGACGAUCUCAGAGCACACAAAAGGUGACUACCAGAGAGCUCUGCUAAAUCUGUGUGGAGGAGAUGAUUAGCAAGAAAUGUAAUGGUGGGAAAUGUAGCGAUGCUCUGAUUACAGUCACAGUAUCCAAACAGAACAGUGAGAACAUAUAAAGAGCAUUCAUAGCGUUCAUCAGCUCUGGUUUAUUGAUAUUCUGAAUUUAAUUUGUGAGUAUUAGCCUUAUUUGAAUAAUGAUGUUAUUUGUCAGACAUGCAUUCCUGUCAUUAAAAUUGUAGGAGUAAAGACAGCUCCAAAGAUUUCUAUUAUUCAUUAAAGUGUGGUGGU